AUGGCACUUCCACAGACUACAACACAACUUAGCCGUUUAGACGGCGCCCUUAGGCAAUCUAUCGUAUCCGAGACUCAUUCCAAUUCCAACAACACCAUUCGCAACGCCAGCCAGCAUUUGCCCGACCACGAUAGAUCUCUCUCAACAACAAUCGACGCUGCUGCAGAGAAGGCUUGCCCUCACGAAAAUUUGCGUAACCCGCACAUGGAAGAUUUGAAAAAUCAUCAUGAUUUGACCCCUCGCUAUAACUCCUUUUGUGGCAAAGGUGACGAUACGGUGACAGUGUUGUCUAAUGACAUCCUCAGCGGUCCCAAUCUUCCUAGAAGGCUGAACGGUCCUUCUCCAGAUCGAGGGAUCAACGCGGACGUCAUCAUCAAUUCACUCCAGCUACCAGCAAAACUACGCGAAAUUCUCAUCGUCGCCUCUCUUUCUUUCAUUAUGCUGGCCAUGUGUCGACGCAGACUAGUAGGGGAGGGCGUGAAGCUAGGAUUCCUCACCGGAGCCUAUCGGGUCGGAGACUUGGAAUACAUCUUGGCUCCGUCUUCACCUCUGUGGCACAUGGGAUUCAAAUAUCUUUCUCUCACGGAAGUCGUUCUGACUUGUUACCUGGUGUUUUCUACACUCAUGUCUACUGUCGUUGGUCCGAUGUCCGCCUUUAUGCUUAUUCCGACCCUGGAGAGAUUUCUAUUGGACCACGCGAGCGCAUUUAGCGAGAUCAAAAUGCCCAUCGUCUACGACUACAGCCCUGAGGAGGUUUGGCCUCGAAUAUUGAAUGAUAUCGCCAUCUUUUCCAAGCUAUGCUCGAAGAGCGAAGGAAUCGUUCAGUCCUGGUGCCCAGCUGUCGGACGUCGAAAAACAUCGCUCUUAACUACUACAUCCCAUUUUCUACUGUCUACGUUGGGUCUCUUUCAGCAGCUCAUUGAGGACAAUGAUGUUGGUAUCUUAUCGCGCAACUCUCGAUAUAAUAUCAAGGCUCGACUUGUUGACUAUAACGACACCGAGAACGACGCAAAAGGCAGACCGUUUAUUCAGUCUUUCGUACAGUCGAAAUGCCAGGUUCACAAUUUGGACAGCGUUUUGGACACAAAGGAGAAGCUCACGUAUCCAACGGAUGCCCUGAACUGUUUUGGACACCCUGAAUGUCAGACCUACAAGCUCAAUCCUCCAGAACUCGAAGAUGUAUGGUGGACGAGAUCAGUCCAACAUAACUCCACUUUCACGACAGGUUACUCAAUUGACGGGAAUCGAAACUUGGUGAUCAAGGUAGCUGGAAAGCUAUCGAAUCCCCAGUCUGCGGCGAACGACCUUGUAUUCACCUGUGGCUUGUUAGCAAGCUGGAUGCCUUCCAAUUUCUCAAUGAUGUCCUCCAAGGAUGGAAGUACUUUUUACUCGGCUUUUAAUAGCAGGAAGCGCAUGAAAGAAACUUUUCAUCAAAAUUCUUUGAGUGGCGGACACGUCAUUACGAUGAAUGAGACUUGGCUGCGAUACACAGAUCCCAACAUCACGGCCUCGAUGAGCGAUGAUUGGAAUAACAACUCUACAGCACUUUACAAGAUCCUUCACCUUUUCAGUGGCUCGAGCAAGGAUGUCGACAAUUCUCCCGAGAUGCUCCUUACUGAGCUGGGAACGACUGGAGCAGAGUAUCUUUUGUCCACAGUGUUCGGCGUGUAUCUUACCGAAGCGCUAGCUCGCACAGGAGCUGGCGGUAUGACGUCUGUGGAUGUAGAGGCAGACGCAGAUCAGAUGAGCGAUAUUGAUCUGACCAAGCAGUACAAUUCUCAACAAGGAGUGUUCAAAGUACAGCCACUAAACGCAACCCAUACCAAAUGGGACUAUGGCAAAGGCAAUCUGUCAGAGACAUCAAUCUAG